AUGCGUCACCGUGUUUCAGGAUUAGUCAAUGAGGGGAAACUUUCAUACGGUUUUUACGUCUGUGUGAUUUUUCUCUAUGAAUCUUUUCAACCAGGCACCAAACUGGACAGCUCAGGAGUGGCGUUCGCCGUGGUGGCGGCCUGUCAGGUGCUGGGGCUGAAGGAUGUCCACCUGGCGCUGUCUGAAGACCACGCCUGGGUCAUAUUCGGGAAAAACGGGGAGGAGACGGCCGAGGUCACCUGGCACGGGAAGGGCAACGAGGACCGCCGCGGGCAGACGGUCGCCGCCGGCGUCAACGAGAAGAGCUGGCUCUACCUGAAGGGCUCCUACAUGAAGUGUGACAGAAACAUGGAGGUGGCCUUCAUGGUCUGCGCCAUCAACCCUUCCCUGGAUCUACACACCGACAGCCUGGAGCUGCUGCAGCUACAGCAGGUGAGCGCCUCCACCUCUAACCCGCAGUACGCCAUGUUUGCUGUGAUCCACACUGGAAACCUCAGAAAAGGGAUAUGCGACCUUCGGCUCUUUGUGACGCCCGACGUGGCUGAAAUGAUAGGGAACCAGUUCAUGUUUGUAAAUAUGAAGAAAUGCUGCAGGUUAAAGGAUUUCUGUUUGACGAGCUUGUUCGCCGUCUACAACCCCUCAUCCAACGCCGGACGACUGGUGUGUUUUGGCUUCAUGUUCAAACCAACAGAGCGUCGCACAGAGCUACAAACUAGCACCCUGCACGAUGUCUGGGAGAGCGUCCCGUCAUCGUUUCUAAGUUCGGCUCUGACUUCUUGCAGCUACAACUAUUUCCGUGAGGACGAGGAGAUCUACAAGGAGUUCUUCGACAUCGCAAACGACGUCAUCCCCACUCUGCUGAAGGAGACGGCUUCGGCCGACAACCCCGGGGAGGACGGAGACGCAGGACAAGCCAACGACAAGGAGAACAGCAAGCAGCUGGCGGCGGUCUCGGCGCUCCAGGACCCAGAAUGCUUUGCUCACCUGCUCCGUUUUUAUGACGGUAUCUGCAAGUGGGAGGAAGGAAGUCCAACUCCGGUUCUGCAUGUGGGCUGGGCCACCUACCUGGUCCAGUCUCUGAGCCGCUUUGACGCUCAGGUGCGUCAGAAAGUGUCCAUCAUCACCAAAGAGCCCGAGUGCCCGGACGACGACGACCAGUCCAGCGAGGAUCCUCGGGAGGGCCGCAGGCGGGGCCCCAGGAGGGAGUCCAAGCUGGAGGACCAGAGCCUGUCUCCCCCCGCUGCUCCAACCUCCCCUCUCGCCCAGCAGCCGGCGGCAGCGGCGGCACCGGUUCAGCCCAAGAAGGUUGGGGAAGGAUCCGCCCGCCGCCGCUCCUCCCAGGGUCUGCGGGCCGGAGAAAUAGAAGGAACGCCCAAGUCGCCCGGCUCAGACUCGGUCUCCUCCCCUCUCUCCCAGCAGCUGGCGUCUCCCUGCCCCGCCGGCCCCGUGGUCGUGUUUCAGAGCGAGAAGAUGAAGGGCAUGAAGGAGCUGCUUUGUGCAGCCAAGGUGAACUCCAGCGCCAUCAAACUGCAGCUCACUGCGCAGUCGCAGGUGCAGAUGAAGAGGCAGAAGAGCACCGCAGCCGGCGACUACUCCAUGUCCUUCAUGAAGCGCCAGCGCAAGUCGCUGUAGACGAGAAAACUGUGAAAAACCCCAGAGGGUUAACGCUCGUUAUCGUCUCCAUGUAGGUCCUCAUGUCACUUUACCUUCUUUGCUCUGAGCAAUACAGCUAUGGAGCCACAUUGGGGCCAAAAAAAGUCUGCUCUAAAAAUAUGGAGAGAAAAAAAAGCUCCAUAAUAUCGAGAUAAUCUGUGGCCAUAAGAUUUGUUUUUUUUGAAACUGUAAAUUAAUUUCAUACCGAAUCACAAUUUUGAAACUGGAAAAAACAUUUAAAAAUGUUGUUUUAGUUUUAAAAUCAGUAUCGAUACAUUUUUUUUUACGAUUCCUGAAUGGAAAUAUUUAGUCUAAGUUUCUAAGCGUCACCGUCAUCCAAGUCCCCCCCCCACACUGAGGGACUAGGACUUGGAGAAAGUUUCUGAAACUGAACAAAACCUGGAAAAUAAAUCUUUUUUUUCUUUUUCACUUUUAUACGGAGCCCCUCUGAUGACAUGG